AUGAACAGCUUUGCUCUUUCUCUAGAUUCACCCAUCUCCUGCAACGCCUACAACGGGAUACACAAUCCCUACCAUCCUUACGUUGACCGCACCUCUGUCUGGUCUCGGCAAGAUCUCGAUGUCCGUUCUUGCAUGACUGCUCCGCACCCCUGGGGCGCCUGGCCUGCGUUUGAUACCUCUCAGAGCUUUACGGUCGACCCCCGUUCUAGAGAGCUGGCAACCACCCCGCUCAUCUGGGCCAGACCCUCUUUUGACGGGCCUCCAUACAGCUCGCCUUCUUCUGCCUCGUCCAAGCAAGACAGUCAUCAUGGUUACUAUUCUCCGGGGGUAGACAGUAGUGUCUACAUUCAAGCACCCUCUAACACAGCAUGUUGCAGCAACAGCAAUACCAACAACAGCAACAAUGCCAACAGCAACAACAAUAGUAGUAAUAACAGCCACCACCGUCGGCCCUAUCAGCGGAAAAUCUUACCUUAUACACAAAAGACUCCUGGCCAGAGGCUGCAAAGACGAUCUAUCGGCUCUGAAGACUACGUUGAGGACGAGGGUGACGGCGACGACAGCGGUCUACCGACGAAGGUGAAAAGGCAAAAGUGCCGUGCGGCCAACCGUUCCGCCGCGAGGAAGUGUCGCCAGAAGAAAAAAGAGCAGGCGCAGGAACUGGAGACGGAGUUUGUGAGACAACAGGCGCGAAAUCAGGAACUCCUCUUAAACGUCGACUUCCUGCGCAAGGAAACGUUCAGUCUGCAGAACGCCCUGUUCUGCCACACGCAGUGCCGGGACGAGGCUAUCAAUAGCUAUCUCGCCGCCAUGGUUGACAAGGUCAGGCGAAAGAGCACCGCUACCUGUUCCUCUUUAGCAUCUCCAGUAGAAUAG